AUGCGCCUCAUUCACCUCGUUCUCGCCGCUACCACUCUGGCCGCCAUCUCAGAGCCCAAUGGCGAGCCCCAUAUCGACGACAACUCCAUGAUCGACCCCCUCAGCAGUGGCGCGAGCGCGAGUGGCGGCAGCGUCUCCGGCUCUACCGGGUCUUCUGGCUCAUCGGGGUCCAAAGGUUCCACCUCCAACAGCGGCGCUGCGUCAGGUGGUGGCGUGAUUCCGGGCGGCGGUACGAAGAACGGCGGCUCCUCGUCAUCGGGAGGCUCGGGAGGUUCGCGCGCCGGCAGCGGCGUGGCUUCGGGAGGUGCCGAGGGCGGCGGGGACAAGGGUGGCGAUGCGGAUGACGGCGACGGCGGCGGCAGUGGCAGCGGCAGCGGUUCGAAUGGUAGAGCCCCAAGCAGCGGUGGCGGAAACGUUGGCAACCCCGCGACCACCAGCCAGGUUGUAGCGUCAGCCCCGGCUUGGCGACCGGCGAAUCAGGCGACUUCAAAGAUGCCCCUUGAUGCUGCUACCGGCUCAGCCGCCUUGCUCGCCAGUGCGAUCAUCGCUCUCCUUUAA